AGGGCUGGUUGAACUGGUUGCGUGGAUCUCGGCUCCGGGGAAACAGCAAACAGAUCGUCAUCCGUCGAAACGGAAUAAUCCAGAAUGCAGACCAUGAUGCGUGCAUUAAACACAAAAGCUGAAGUCCGGUUCCACAUACAAACAGCUGAUUGGAUUCCUGAAGAUGUGCGACAAAAGAUUAUUUCUCAGCAUACAAACCGAAUAAACAGAAGUGGGGAGCUGAUCGUCACCUCGGAAGUGAGCCGGUACCAGAUGCGCAAUCUGUCUGACUGUUUGCAGAAGAUCCGAGACAUGAUCGCUGCUGCCAGCGUGAAACACAGGCAGCCUUCCCAAGAAGACGUGGCUCUCCGACGCUACAGGAUGGACAAAAUGAACCGAGAACGCCUGCAGCAAAAGAAAAUGCACACUGCAGUGAAGCGAAGCCGACGCGAGGAGUUUGAUUGAAGGUGAUGCCAGGAUAUGAAGGCUGGCUGCAUUGAAGCAAUCUGUAAAGAAUAAAUGAAUGACUUG